AUGAAGUUCUUCGCUUUGGGCCUUCUCUUUGCCAGCUCUGCUAUGGCCGGACAGAUCUUGUUCUGCAACCAGGAAGACUGUUCUGGUAGCUGCAGCUUCCAAAGCCCUGCUGGCAAUGGAGCUUGCAUUCAACUUGGCGGUAUCUCGAGUGCCAAGGCGACUCAAGUAGAUGCCGGGUGCAGCUUCUCCGUUUAUACCGACCCCAACUGCAGCGACUUUGCCACCACUGUUGGCCUCGACAGCUGUGUAUUUGCCCCUAUCUUGGGCUCCUACUCUUACGACUGUUAG